AUGAGGCGGGUGACCCUGUUCCUUAAUGGCAGCCCCAAGAAUGGAAAGGUGGUUGCUGUAUAUGGAACUUUAUCUGAUUUGCUUUCUGUGGCCAGCAAUAAACUCAGCAUAAAAGCCACCAGUGUGUAUAAUGGGAAAGGUGGACUGAUUGAUGAUAUCGCUUUGAUCAGGGAUGAUGAUGUUUUGUUUGUGUGUGAAGGAGAACCAUUUAUUGAUCCUCAGACAGAUUCUAAACCGCCUGAAGGACUGACAGGAUCCCACACAGAGUGGCUAACAUUAAAUGUUGGAGGGCGGUACUUUACAACUACACACAUUACUCCUACCAGGAGCACUUUAGUGAAUAAAGAACCUGACAGUAUGCUGGCCCACAUGUUUAAGGACAAAGAUGUCUGGGGAAAUAAGCAAGAUCAUAGAGGAGCUUUCUUAAUUGACCGAAGUCCUGAGUACUUUGAACCCAUUUUGAACUACUUGCGACAUGGACAGCUCAUUGUAAAUGAUGGCAUUAAUUUAUUGGGUGUGUUAGAAGAAGCCAGAUUUUUUGGUAUUGACUCACUGAUUGAACACCUAGAAGUGGCAAUAAAGAAUUCUCAACCGCCAGAGGACCAUUCGCCGAUAUCCCGAAAGGAGUUUGUACGGUUUCUGCUUGCCACGCCAACCAAGUCAGAAUUACGUUGCCAGGGUUUAAACUUCAGUGGUGCCGAUCUUUCUCGUUUGGACCUUUGAUACAUUAACUUCAAAAUGGCCAAUUUAAGCCGCUGCAAUCUUACACACGCUAAUCUCUGCUAUGCAAAUCUUGAACGAGCAGAUGUUUCUGGAUCAGUGCUUGAUUGUGCAAAUCUCCAGGGGGUCAAGAUGCUCUGUUCUAAUGCUGAAGGGGCAUCACUGAAACUGUGUAAUUUUGAGGAUCCCUCUGGUCUUAAAGCCAAUUUAGAAGGUGCUAAUCUGAAAGGUGUAGACAUGGAAGGAAGUCAGAUGACAGGAAUUAACCUGCGCGUUGCUACAUUAAAAAAUGCAAAGUUGAAGAACUGUAACCUGAGAGGAGCAACUCUGGCAGGAACUGAUUUAGAGAACUGUGAUCUGUCUGGGUGUAAUCUUCAGGAAGCCAACUUGAGAGGUUCUAAUGUGAAGGGAGCUAUAUUUGAAGAGAUGCUGACACUGCUACAUAUGUCACAGAGUGUCAGAUGA